AUGACAAUGAUCCUAAACACAUCUAAGGCCACUGUUGGAUUUCUGAAGAAGAACAGGGGUCUUCACAGUGCCAGUAUACCAGGAAUCCUCUCUCUGGAUCUCUGCCCAACAGACACCAACAAAGUCCUCACCGGUGGUGCUGAUAAGAACGUGGUGGUGUUUGACCGUCGAGAGGAGCAGAUUGUUGCCACCCUCAAAGGGCACACCAAAAAGGUCUCGUCUGUCAUCUACCACCCUGCUCAGUCGGUGGUGUUCUCCGCAUCUCCAGACAGCACUAUCCGUGUGUGGUCGGUUACCGGGGGCAACUGCGUGCAGGUGAUCAGGGCCCACGAGGCCAGUGUUACCGGCCUCUCUCUGCACGCUACCGGAGACUACUUACUGAGCUCUUCUGAGGACCAGUACUGGGCCUUCUCGGAUAUCCAAACUGGACGUGUCCUGACUAAAGUCACCGAUGAGACCGCUGGAUGUGAGACGUCCAGAUCGUCCACGGAAGUUAACACCUCGACAGGAGCGUCUUCUGAUGAGAAGGGUUGA